AGUGUGUUGUGUACACAGCCAAGCAGUGCUACAACAAUGCAUUGGUAAUUAACACUGCCUCAGUCUCCAACAAAGAACAUUUGGCCAUCUGUUCUGUCUCCUGUCUUCCACACAGGAGACCAUACUGUCUAUAUACUUUAAGAUCAUGCUAUCUAACUAAGCAUUUUUUCUUCUCUAUCCAAAAUCUCCACAUUCCUCUCAGAAAAGGAUAUG